AUGAUGGGCGCUCGUCGCGCGGGCAAAACAAGCAUUUGCAAAGUCAUCUACGAGUCGUUCCAACCUAGUGAUACCCUAUUUUUAACGCCAACGACGCGCACCCAAAUCAUCGAUAUUGAUGCUUUCUAUCCACUUGAACUAUGGGACGUACCAGGAAGUAUGCUGAUGAAAGCCGGUUGGACGGGCGGACUACGGGCGCCGGUGUCGUCAGCAUCUGCAGCUCCUUCAACGGCCAAAAAUUCCGGGACGACGGCAUCAGCGCCCAGCGAUUCAACAAGCACGUCUGUACCCAAUCUGGAAUUGGACGUACCAUGGGCUAGUGUGAGUGCCCUGAUUUUUGUGAUCGACGCACAAGAUGACUACUUCGAUGCUCUUGUGCGGUUGAAUGCUCUUAUCAUAACGGGAUUUCUCAAGAACCGCUUGAUUCAAGUGCAUGUGUUUAUUAACAAAGUCGAUGGAUUGAGCGAUGACUACAAAUACGAUACGCAGCGCGAUAUUGAGCAGCGCGUGUAUGAAGGUCUGAUUGACUCUUCGCAUGAACUACAGGACAUUCUUGAUGACUCGACGCGACUUGAUCAGCUCGUGAGCCUGCGGUUCCAUUUGACAUCUGUGUUUGACUCAAGUGUCUUUGUCGCCUUCUCUCGCAUUCAGCAACAACUUAUGCAGGGUCCCUCGCCUACAGAAAAGCUAUGCCAUUCACCAGCGUUUGAUGCGCAACCCAUGGUGAGCUUGUCUGAGGCUCUAGAAACUGCAUGUAAUCUUUUGUGUGCAUCAUGUUACUUUGAAAAGGUAUACAUAUUCGAUGUGCCGAGUCGCACGUUUGUUGGCUGUGACACCUCGCCAUUUGAUGCCCCUUUAUUUGAUACCUUGUUCCGAUACAUUCAGUUUUUGCGCCAAUUCUCUGACCUAUAUGCCAAUAUUCCUGACGUCGAUCAUUCCGAGCCGUCGGUACGCACGCGAGAUUGGUCCACGAGUGUGAUGCGCCUCGGCUUCGACACCAGCGUUGCUUUUUGGCAGCUAAAUCACCAUUUGGCACUCUUGGCUGUGGUCAAUUCCAACAUACAACAAUGCAACACGAGUGUACUCGACUACAAUGUGGGUCUCUUUCGUUCGUCCAUUGUCCAACUAGCUCGCUUAGCAUCAUCCUAG